GUAGCAGUAGUAGUAGUUGAGGAUGCCCGCCAUAGAUGUGGGUGAAAUGUCAAGAGAGAAUGCUUCUGGACAAUGGCCAUACAGCCCGGAAAAUGCACAACUACCCAUUACUUGAACUGCCCAGGAUCAUUACUAUGGAAGUGUAGGAGUUGUAGAUUUAUUGUGGGAGUUGAAGUCCAAACACCUGGAGGGGCAAAGUUUGCCCAUGCCUGGUAUAGAUGAACCCUAGGUAUAUAUUCCUAGAAGCCUUUUUGGAGAAAUUCUCAGGCUGGGAACCUGAGGCAGGACAGGGGCCUCUCUCUCUCGCCCUUCCCAUGUGGCCCACUGUGAAGACAGCAGGCCUAGGAGGGGCCUAGUGAGGCCUGCAAGGCCUGAGGCUCCCCACACUCCUCCCAGUAGGAGGGCGAGCAGGGGCUGCAGAGCCUGCAAGGCCUACCCAUGCCCCGGUCCCCCACGGCCGGCCUCCCCUCAGCAGCAUAGAGAUUGGGGGCAAACCACAGGCCAGAUUCAGCAUCAGCCUCAUGGAGAUAGAAAGCAAGGCCGGCCACAAGUCUGCCUCAGGGCCGCUCCAAAGCACCCAGCAGAGGAAGCCAAGGGAGGCGGAGGUUUUAUCUUCAUUUUCCUAAGAGAUAUUCUUAAGGAAUGGUGACAGGUGUAUUUGUGACAGGAGCAAGUGCCUGAACUGUGUUGAUGGAACAAAGUCUGUUGUGAAACACUGAUUAAACGUAACUGAGGGUGUCUCUUUGUACGUGUUUACACCCACGUUACCCCUCUACGACACCACUUCUGCCCAAGACACAGCCUGGCACAAGCAAAGAUGGAGCGGAAAUGGUGGGACCUUUUCGUGGCCUUGCUGCUGCUCCUUGACGUGAAGGGGAGCCUUGUAAAGCUCCACAAUGGUGGAUAUGAAGAUGUUGUGAUUGGAAUUCACCCUAAAAUAGCGGAAAAUGCCAAAAUCAUUAACAGCAUAAAGGAUAUGUUGAAAGAGGCUUCGUCUUAUCUCUUCCUUGCUUCACAACGGAGGUUUUAUUUCAGGACUGUAAAAAUUGUAAUACCUCUAACAUGGGCAUCAAAACCUGAAUAUAAACGGGCAUCCAGAGAAUCUUACGCGAAUGCUGAUAUCAUAGUGGCAGAACCUUUUGUGAAAUAUGGAGAUGAACCUUACACUUCGCAAUAUGGAGGGUGUGGCAAAAAGGGACGCUACAUUCAUUUCACCUCUAACUUCCUGACAAAUGACUCUUUGGUCAACAUCUAUGGGUCACGAGGCAGAAUCUUAGUUCAUGAAUGGGCUCAUCUCAGAUGGGGUGUCUUUGAAGAAUACAGUUAUGAUGCACCUUUUUAUUCUACUGGAAUAAACAAAAUUGAAGCAACAAGAUGCUCAGCUAGUAUCACUGGCCAAUAUAUAUUCGCAACUACUGGAGGCAGAACCAGAAAAUGCAGAAUUGAAAGCCACACUGAGCUUUAUGAGCCUGGAUGCCUGUUUAUUCCCUAUAAAAAGCAAACUUCACUGGCAUCGAUAAUGUUCAUGCAAAGUCUGUCUUCAGUUUCUCAGUUUUGUGACAAAAGUAAUCAUAACCUUAUGGCACCAAACAUGCAGAACAAAAUGUGCAGCUACAAAAGUACAUGGGAAGUGAUUUCAGGCUCCGCCGAUUUUGCUAGUUCACGUCCAUUAGGUGCUCCUCCUCCUGACCCCAUAAUUCAUUUGAUGAAAACGCAGGAGAGAAUUGUGUGUCUAGUACUCGAUGCUUCUGCACAGAUGGGAAAGGACAAUCGCCUUAGUCGGCUGAUUCAAGCUGCAAAACUAUUUCUUCUCCAUAUUAUUGAAAAAGGAUCCUGGGUUGGAAUUGUAACAUUCAAUAGCAAAGGAAAUAUCCAGGCUGGGUUGCAAAGGAUUUUCAGUGACAUAGAACGUGAAGGUCUUACAAGCCAUCUUCCAACCACAGCUGCUGGAGAUUGUAACAUAUGUGAGGGAGUGAAUGCAGCAUUUCAGGUAUUUUCGCAAAAAUUAACGAGUACAGAAGGCUGUGAAAUUGUACUUUUGACAAAUGGUGAAGGUUCGGACCUUAGCCCUUGUCUUUCUAAGAAUCAAAGCCAAGAGAUUAUCAUUCAUACCAUUGCUUUUGGUUCAAAGGCUUCAAAUGAACUAGAAAAGCUGGCAGAUAUGACAGGAGGUAAGACAUUUUAUGCCACAGAUAGUUUGGAUUCCAAUGGCCUCAUAGAUGCUUUCGGUGGGAUUUCAUCUGGAAGUGGAGAUGCCAGUCAACAAUCUAUUCAGCUUGAAAGUAAGGCAGAAAAAAUCGCUUAUAUGAAAUGGCUGCAAGGUGUUGUUACUAUUGAUAAAACUGUGGGAAAGGACACUUUAUUUCUGAUUGCAUGGAGUUCAAGUACAAGUACACCAGAAAUUUCCCUGACAGAUCCCAAAGAAAAAAAGUACUUAAAUAAAGACUUCCGAAUUGAAAAUUCCAAUAUCCGAACAGCUGUGCUGAAGAUUUCUGGAACUGCAAAGACAGGAAACUGGUCUUAUUCAAUUAAGAAUACUGACUCAGCAGAUCAAGUCAUUUCGCUAACGGUCACCACCCGAGCAGCAUCUGCCACUGUUCCUCCAGUAACUGUGAAGACCUACAUUAGUAACAGUAACAACAGUUUUCCUAAUCCAAUGAUCAUUUAUGCAGUUGUCAGCCAAGGAUUUUUGCCAGUUAUUGGAGCCAAAGUCAUGGCCACAGUUGAAUCCACAUCUGGUAAACCUGUAGAGUUAGCGCUAUAUGAUGAGGGUGCAGGUGCUGAUAUUAUAAAGCAUGACGGGAUCUAUUCAAGGUAUUUCAUAGCUUUCAGUGACAAUGGCAGAUACAGUAUCAAAGUGAGUGUUCACGGGCAUGAUAAAACUUCUAGAAGGAUCCAUAGGCAAAAUCAAGCUAUUUAUGUAUCGGGUUAUGUAGAUAGUACUGGUGGAAUAGUUCUGAACCCACCAAGACCUGUGAUUAAUGUUACGGAUACCAGUUUUGGCUUAGGAAAUUUUGACAGAAUAUCAUCAGCAGCUGACAGAUAUGAAAUAAAAAUGAGCGGAAACCCAUUGGACUUAACAGAGGCUAACUUUGCGAGUGCCACCUCUUUGGAAACUUCUGCUUUGAUACCUGAAUUUUCUGGAGUCAAACAAACCUUUCGGUAUAAGCCAGAUGAACUCGCAAAAGAAAAUGGCACCCUAAUCUACUUUGCCAUUCGUGCCAUCGAUGCAAGCGACAAUGUUGGAGAAGUAUCCAAUAUUGCAAGGGCCACUCUGCUCCUUCGUGCUGAGCCUCCUAGUACUUCUACCCCACCUUUCAUUGUGAUUAUUAUAUGCAUUGCCGUUAUGUGUGCUGUUUUUGGCAUAGCAUUAUAUGCUUUACAUAAGUGGAAAGAAAGUCGUAGUGAGAGCAUGGUUAGCAUGGAUUAAACUGCGACCAGUAGAAAUGUUAAUUGAAUACUACAUGUUUACCUUCCAUUGGUGGUUCUACAUACAUUGUGUAAAAAACAACAGAUCAGCAGCAUGAAGCUCAUCUGUAUUUUUAUGUAUAAUCUCAUGAAUGACUGCAUGUAUGACUAAAUUCACACUAUGAAGGCACUGCCUAGACAUAAAAUCUUUCUUCUUUUUAGACUAAAACUUAAAAAAAUUAAAUGGAAAAUUUAAUUAAAGGAAAAAAACCUGAGUUUGUUUUAAGAAUUGUUGUAGGAACAAAAUUUCUUCAAAGUUACAAAAAUAAACUGCUAAUUAAUUUUGUGAA